AGAGAGAGAAUCAGUGAGAGAGAGAGAGAGGAGGGGGAGAGAGGGAGCUGUGACAGCGCUCAUCAGCCGCUGAACAGCCAGGACGGGUUGCAUCCGAGCACUCGCUGUCAUCCACAGCCGGAGUUUACAGCCUUUUGCGCCGCUUUUUCUUUCGAUCCUUCCGCCGCGCCCCCUCCUGCUCCCGGUGCUGCCCAGACAGUCGACCAUGGUUUCUAUAAUUUCAGACCUGGACCCUCUGAAAAGCUGGAACGUGUUAAGGCAGGACGCCAGUGACCUCUCUGGGCCGAUACAAAGUAACGGCACAGCCGGGAAGAUGAACGGGGCGCUGGAGCAUUCGGACCACCCAGACCCAGAUGCCAUCAAGAUGUUUGUGGGUCAGAUCCCGCGUUCCUGGUCGGAGAAGGAGCUGAAGGAGCUGUUUGAGCCGUACGGGGCAGUCUACCAGAUCAACAUCCUCCGAGAUCGCAGCCAGAACCCUCCACAGAGCAAAGGCUGCUGUUUUGUCACGUUUUACACACGGAAAGCUGCCCUUGAAGCCCAGAAUGCACUGCAUAACAUAAAGACCUUAACAGGGAUGCACCACCCGAUUCAAAUGAAACCUGCAGACAGUGAGAAAUCUAACGCAGUGGAAGACAGGAAGUUGUUCAUAGGCAUGGUGUCAAAGAAGUGCAACGAGAGCGACAUCCGGGUCAUGUUCUCUGCGUUCGGACAGAUCGAGGAGUGCCGGAUCCUCCGAGGCCCAGACGGACUCAGCAGAGGAUGUGCAUUUGUCACGUUUUCCACCAGAGCUAUGGCACAGAAUGCAAUCAAAGCCAUGCACCAGUCUCAGACUAUGGAGGGCUGCUCGUCUCCCAUUGUGGUGAAGUUCGCAGACACCCAGAAGGACAAGGAGCAGCGGCGUCUGCAGCAGCAGCUAGCGCUGCAGAUGCAGCAGCUCAACAGCGCCACCACCUGGGGGAGCCUGACGGGGCUGGGCGGCCUCACCCCGCAGUACCUGGCUUUGCUCCAGCAGGCCACCUCCUCCAGUAACCUCGGAGCCUUCAGCGGGAUCCAGCAGAUGGCCGGUAUGAGUGCUCUGCAGUUGCAGAACCUGGCCACUUUAGCGGCAGCGGCAGCGGUGGCCCAAAACUCAGCAAGCCCCUCCACGGCAAACCCCCUGUCCUCCAACGCCGCCUCCCUGGGAGCGUUGGCCAGCCCAGCAGGCACCACAGCCAGCUCCAACGCCGGUGCCAUGAACUCUCUGACCUCUCUGGGCACCCUGCAGGGCCUGGCAGGAGCAACUGUGGGCCUGAACAACAUUAAUGCACUAGCAGGUAGCGUCAACAUUGCUCAAAUGCUCUCAGGUAUGGCGGCUCUUAACGGAGGCCUGGGCGGUGCAGGGCUUACCAAUGGAACAGCUGGCACCAUGGAUGCGCUGACGCAGGCUUACUCAGGGAUCCAGCAGUACGCCGCUGCAGCGCUGCCCACCCUCUACAGCCAGUCCUUGUUGCAACAGCAAGGGGCCGCCGGCAGUCAGAAAGAGGGUCCCGAAGGAGCCAACCUGUUCAUCUACCACCUGCCCCAGGAGUUUGGAGACCAGGACAUACUGCAGAUGUUCAUGCCUUUCGGAAACGUGGUCUCUGCCAAAGUCUUCAUCGACAAACAGACAAACCUUAGCAAGUGUUUCGGCUUUGUCAGUUACGACAAUCCAGUGUCGGCGCAGGCAGCCAUCCAGGCCAUGAACGGGUUCCAGAUUGGUAUGAAGCGGCUGAAGGUGCAGCUGAAGCGUUCCAAGAAUGACAGCAAACCGUACUGAUCUUAGCGCUAGGGUCUAUCUGCUCCCAAUGUUAGCACUGCUAGGAACCCAUCUCCAUGCCUGUUAGCUCAUCAUUUGCCUAGCAUGUCUCCGUGGUGUCCCAAACAAACAAACAAAUAAUUCAA